AUGAUACCAGGCUUUUCCUCAAUCUUCAUCUACUCGGCCGGGUGGUUGACACGUUUUCUCGGCCAUUUCCGGCAGGCAUUAAUGAUGUAUCUGAACGUGGAUUUGCUGUUCAGUAACGGUGACUAUUUUGCGGAGGCCACCGAGGCGAUGCCAUUUCUACAUGCUUGGUCACUGGCCGUCGAGAUGCAAUUCUAUUUGGUGGCCCCAGCCAUCUAUUUUAUGGCCAGCGUACGGUGCUCGAAACUGGGCCCUUUGGGUCUCUACGCAUUGACCGUUCUGCUAUUCGCAUCCCUAAUCUUCGACUAUCUCGUCAAUGCCGCAUAUUCCUUCUACUUUCCCUUUUCGAGGCUUUGGCAAUUUGCGGCCGGGAUGUUGGCCUGUGCUUUGUCGAAAGGAGAUGGCGAAGACUCGAAAGCAUCCACCAAAAUCGAGCUGAUCUCCGUAUUCACCGUGCCCUUCCUGUGUACCGUAUUCCUGCCCUGGGGGCAGCUGAUAGUUUUCGCAAAGGAGGCGAAAAUUGUGGUGACGCUGGCAGCGGCGGCGUUUCUGGGGACCUCGUCUUAUGGAAGUACUAUCGAUUGGUCGAGGGCUCGACUCGGAUAUAUUGCCGCAAUAUCGUAUGCGCUAUAUUUAAUCCACUACCCGGUGCUGCGGUACGCCGAAUAUUUGCAGCUGUAUUUCUUCCCCGGCACUUCCGUGUUGCUCGUCGCCCUUCCCCUCUCCCUCCUAUUGAGCAUCAUAAUCCAUGAGGUCUUCGAAAAACCCCAGCUACGCGCCGCUCCAAUUGACACCGCCAAAAAUAUUCUCCUGCCGCUGAUCGUUGGGCUGUUGUUCGCCCAAUUUUGGCCAAAUGCCGCUCAUCCAUUUCAACCGGAAGACAGCAACACAAAUAUACGAAACAUCGAGACGAAAUAUAAACUGGAGGGCGGCCAUUAUGUGGAUGAUGGCUUUUUGGAUGGACACUCGGUGUCACCACCGUUUGGACAUUACGAAUGGCUGAACAACACUGGCAACCUGAGCGUGGUUGUUGUCGGCAAUUCGUGGGCCAGCCAGCAGGCGCAUAUAGUCCGAGAGCUACUUCCUGAAAAUGUAACGUCAAGCAUGGACGCGUUCACUUUCCCAUCACGCGGUGUGAUAUGGCAUUAUUUGAAGGGCGGCACCGAGGUGUUUUGGCGUUUUAUGGAAAAGAAGCGACCGAAAAUCGUCUUCAUCGUGCAAAGAUACGUAGACGUGUUGGGCGAUUUGGAUGCGUACAGGCCAGGGAAUGACAACCUGCUGGAGAAAUAUAUGGACAGUAUCGAUCGACUGAGCAAAUUCGCCGACCACAUCUUCAUCCUUGGCCAUCAGCCGUUUGAUUGUAGCGAUGCGACGCACGAUUUUCUCAACCGAUUUGUGGAUCAUUUGAAUUUCGGCAAGGAUGUCGACAUGUUUAAUGAGCCGUAUAAUAAAACACAAUUUGACGCAAUUUCGGUGCGGCAGAGAUUGCGGGCUGUUUUGGAGAGGUGCCAGAAGUGUCAUUUAAUCGAUCCGGCGAUACCGUUUAUUGACGAAAACGCGCAUCUAAUCCGGACGUUCGACCCGGCGACUCGGCUGGCCUACCGCGAUAACGGGUGUCAUUUGACGCAUACCGGAAUUGAUCUCAUCACUGGUGUCUAUAGGCGUGUCGUACAAAAAGCGCUGGCUGGUUAUGUUUUU